AUGAAAAGAAAUCAAAGUGAAGAACAAAAACAAAGUGAAGAUUGUACAACCGAAAAAAAAACAGAUUUAAAACAACAAAUUAAUUUGGUAGAAAAGAAAUUAAAGAUGAUGGAACAAACACUUGAAAUGGUUGAACUUCAAAUGAAUAGGGAAGUUCAGCUCUUGUAUUUAAUUCGAAAUGAAUUAGAACUUCAUUUGUCCAAAAAAUAUUAUGAAGAAGAACUUAUUUGUUCAGAUUCAUUUGUUCAACCUGAAUAUCCAACCCAACCUCAUGAAAAAAGAACAAUUUUUUCACCUGUUAUGUUUCCAAUGGCUCCAUCAUUCCCACCAGUUAUUUUUCCUUCUUAUGAAGAAAAAGAAAAAACAGACAAACAACUUAAUAGCGCCACUGAACGUUGCGUUGAAGAAAUUUCGUUACCACCAAUUACUUAG